AUUUUACAGACUAAUUUUGUGCAUGUCAGUACACACAUGACUCCUAAUGGAGGUAACCCUCUGGGUGAUGAUGAAAGUUUUGAUCAUGAUGAACGUAAGAAGGUUCAAGGUUCACCAACUCCAAAACAUAAAAAGGAUUAUAUUCAAGCCCGCAUAUCCCUACGUUCAAUUGUGAAGAUAAUAAGCAAAUUAAGCCUUGAACAAAGUGAGGCUAUUAGGGAGAUUGGAUUGGGUGGCCUACUGGGGUUGAGAUGUAUGAAACAAGAUCACAUCUUGACUCGAUGGUUAAUUAAAAACUUCGAUCCCGAAAGUUCUUCAAUGGAUGUUCAUGGACAACAACUUCUACUUACACCGGUUGAGGUUCAUAAUGUAUUGGGUAUACAAUGUGAGGGUAAGGACGUACAGCUCAAAGGGUCAAGGGAAGGAUUUAUGGAUCUCUGUAAAAUGGUUGGAGUAGUUCAAGGCUCUAUUCCUUUGAAGGGAUUGAAAGACUAUCUAAAGGAAACAAAAAGUGUUGGAGAUGAUUUCAAGAUGAAAUUUGUCCUCUACGUGUUAGGUGCGUUCUUAUGUCCAACAACAAAACCUGCGCUCAAGAAAUCCUAUCUCCAUGCUAUUAAAAAUGUCGAAGCCAUGAAGGAGUGUAAUUGGGCAAAGCUAACCCUUGACUUCCUUAUUGGCAGCGUUAGAAAAUGCAAGCAGAAAGGUCAUCUAAGGGCAAACGGAUGCUUGCUUCUUUUAGUGUUGUUUUUCUUAGAUCAUGUUACGACGAAGGAGACAUGCACACCUUGUCCACGAUCAACUCCUUCCUUGGCUCAUUGGGGGGAUGUAGAAAUAAGUGGUACUAUGAGUCUGCUUGGAGAUUACCAAAACAAGAAGGUGUAUAUGAAGUUCACCCAUAUUGAAAAACAGAACCAAGCAUCUCCUGAGAACACAAAUUUUGAAGAACAGAACCAAGAAUCUUCAAAUGACAAAGGUUUUGAAGAACAUAAGCAACCAUCUCCAAAGACCACAUGCAUCUGUAAUGAUAGUCGGAUAGCAAAAGUUGAGUUUGAGCUGGCUGAGUUCAAGAAAAGCUUCGAUCAAUAUCGUUAUGACGACAAUCGGAUGACAAAAGUUGAGAAAGAGAUGACAGAAAUGAAGAUGAUAUUCAUUGAAAAUCAUUGUGAUGGCGAUCGGAUGGCAAAAGUGGAGAUUGAGCUCGUUGGGAUGAAGUCACUUUUAACUCAAAUGGUCAAUAAAGUUUCUGGAAAAGAAACUGUUUCACUCCAACCGGUAGAAGUGAACCUUGCGCCCAAAAAAAAGCCUGAUGUCACUAUAUCCAUCGACACUAAUGAAAGUUGUCUUCCAUUCCAACCGGUGGAGGAAGUGAAUGUGAAGUCCCUCGUUAAAAAGCAACCCGCCCAAGGUCUGAAAAGAGCAAGAACUUCUGGAAUGACGGAUUUGAAUACAAUUUCUGCCGGUGUAGAUGUUGAAAUUGUUGAUCCAAUUGCAAGUCGAAAAAAUCCACGCAUUAAAAAGCCAACCAAACAACUUCGAAGGUGUUCUUCACGACUUGUCGAAUUUGAUUCAUUUUCUCAAAAUGGUAUUGGUCGUCCACAAACUCGACCUUCCAAUGAGUUGAAGCGAAGUCAAUAUUUGUGCUCACCUUAUAUCCCUUUGGAUAUCGGGAUGAAAAGGAUGAAAGGCAAUAAAAAGGCUACCAUAACGAAGGUAAAUAUGGAUGAAGAAUCUGAGCUUGAUUCAGACGACGUCAAAUGCCAAAAGAUUAGCACUGCACUGGAUUUACUUUGUGCAACAUUUAAUGGUCCCUCCAUUCCUAAGAAGUCACUUCCACAGCCAAAGCCAAUACCUCCACAUCCUCUAUCAUCAGAUGAGAAGGUCCUUGUGGCAUAUUGUUUUGAUAAAGAACUAGAUCGAGACCUCUCCUUCAGUGAAACUAUUGUGAGUUUUGCGAUAGAUCUUGCUACCCGUCGAGAUUUGUGUUCAUUAAAGCCGGGAGUUUGGUUAGACAGUUCUAUUAUUACUCUUGUGGCAGUGCAACUAACAAGUGUGCAGAAGAAGAGACAUCAAGAUAAGUGUCACACAACUUGGUACUUGCCAACUUACAUUUCGCAAAGGAUUAUUAAUGACGAAGUCAGUGAAGAUGAGUACCCACCUUUAGCACAGUGCUAUUUCGGUGAGACUAAAUAUACUGGAGAAAUUCAUGCUUGUCAGGAGAUAUAUAUUCCAAUGAACGAUGCGAACACACAUUGGUUCUGUUUAAAGUUGGAUAUGGUAUACCAAAAGAUAUAUCUACUUGACUCCCUGCCAACUUGCAGAGAUAACAGUGAACGAAAACAAAUGGCAAUAAAACUGGUUCAUGCUCUGCAUUUGAUGCUUCAAACAAAAUAUGGGCACUUUUAUGUUGCUGACGUGACUAUGUUUGAUUGGAUUACACUUGAAGAUCCUCCUAUCCAAGAUAACUCAUAUGAUUGCGGGAUGUUUGUCAUAAAGCAUAUGCAGGGCAUCCCAUUGCCAAAUGGUGUACAAGGGUUUGAUCCUCUAGAAAGGCUAAGGUUGCUGGUUGACUUGGUGAGAGAUCCAAAUAACUUGAAGUGGCCAGAGAUUUCUGUUAGAAUUGAAAAGUAUAAGCUAAGGUGGGUAUCCUCCACAUUAUAUUCCUUAGUCCCGAUAAUGUAAUCACACUAACAAUAUAUAAUUUUGGUCAGGGACAAUUUAAUUCUGGAGUGA